AUGGACGACACCGGUAUGAGUAAGAAAGAUCUUGCCAUGACUUCCACGGGGUAUUCGGCUCGCAGCGGCGAGGGCGAAAUGGUCGGCGAAGUCCAGCCAAAGGUCCAUUUCAACCUCUGGCACUGUUUGGCCAUGAAUUUCUCCAUCACAUGCACUCCUCUCGCCGUCGGGGCCUAUCUGUCUCUUGUCAUAGGCCUCGGUGGGUCGCCAUACUACAUCUGGGCGUUCCUGUUCGGCGCCUCCUUCCAACUGGUUCUUGGGCUGGCCGUGGCAGAGAUUGCUUCCGCGAUCCCACAUUCUUCUGGCCCGGCAUACUGGGUCCAGUACCUUGGACCCCCGAGAUGCGCGAAAUUCUUCGGGUUUCUCGUCGGCUGGACCACAACUGCGACAUGGUGGUUCAUCGGCGUUGCUUCCGACCUCUAUCUGGCCCAGCUCACUCUCGGGCUCGCAAUGGCACUGAACCCAGGAUACGUGCCGCCUCAGUGGCAGUACUAUCUCGUCUACUGUGCCUGGGCCGUGGCAGCCUUCGUGAUCAAUCUCCCACACAUCUUCCACGUGCUGGGGCCGACCUUGAUCGGCGCAUUCGGCGUCAUCAACAUCACGGCAAUCUUCAUCCUUGUCAGCCUCCUCGUACGGGCCACGCCCAAACCAUCACCCAGAGAGGUCUUUGUAGACGUGGUCAACGAAUCCGGCUGGUCAUCCAACGGCGUCGUCUUCUUCUUAGCCCUGUUGCCAUCUGUCCUGUGCGUCAGCGGAUUUGAUGCCAUCACGCACAUCACGGACGAGCUCGAUCGGCCAUCGAAACAGGUCCCACAGGUCAUCAUCGGAUCGUCGGUCAUCAGUGCGGUAACCGGAUUUGCCAUGACCAUCGUUUACUCGUUCUCUAUAACCAAGCCGGAAAAUCUACUGGCGCCCGUGGGUCACCAGCCGAUCAUCCAGCUCUUGUUCGAUUCUUGUCGUUCCAAUGCUCUCGCAACCAUCGGCAGCGUCGGCGUCAUCCUGAGUUUCUACAUCGCCAACGUGUCGACGUUCACCAGCUGGAGCCGCCUCUAUUGGUCCCUCUCGCGGGAGCGACAGUUCCCCUAUUCGAGGUGGACGUCGAAAUUGUCGGCCGCAGAUAGCCUCCCGUGCAACGCCAUGGUGGUCAACUUGGGCCUCGUCAUUGCGCUGGGCGCGAUCCAAAUCGGCUCCCUAACGGCGCUGAAUGCAAUCUUGGGAGGAGCUGUGGUGCUCGGGACGGUCAGCUUCUCAUUGACCUUUGGCUGUUCGCUGUACCGGGGCCGAGACUAUCUCCCUGCUCAGAGGUGGCUCAACCUCCAUCGUUUCGGGACCCCGAUCGCCUGUAUCGCCCUCAUCUGGUGCCUUUUCAUCAGUGUGUGGCUAUGCUUCCCGCUGUACCUUCCCGUCACGCUCGAGUACAUGAAUUGGGCCUCUGUGGUCGUGGCUGGCGUUCUCGUAGCAGCGAGCGUGUACUGGUUCGUACGUCCGACUCGACAUUUCACCGAGGAGAACCGAAACGAGGAUUGA